ACGGACCGCUCCCUUUGGUCUGGUCUUUAUCCUUUACUGUCGCGGCGAAUUGACGAAUUGUCUAAACAAGUCCCACAGCGACCUAACUAGAUCAUGUGAUGAGGAUGAAUUGGAGUUUCAUCUGCUUUAAUAAACCAGCUAUUCAUAUACAAAUUAUGAAUAUUAUUUUAAUGACUGACGACUACCGGAAUAUCUGAAGAUAAGUUGCUAACGUAGCCGUUUUGCCUCGCUAUGUUUGUGCUACUGGAAAUGUUAGCUCCAAGCUAGCUAGACGUUAUUAGUGAUUUAUUUGGCUACCGUCCGAGCGUGUCGCUGGUUCAGAGCAAGAAGUGGCAUCAUGUCCAACACCGACAUGUCUUCUAAUGCGGUCGAAAACCAUCCAGUUUUGGGACAAACAUCAUGGACUUGCACUUCCCAGGACCAUCAGCUGGCAGAUAUUCUUCUACCUGUUCACAUUAACGGCAACACUGACCUCACCCAGGCUGACAGAGAAACACCAAAAGGCUGUGCCCCAGUUCUGCUGGAGCAGGUGGAAGAGGGCUCUCCAUGUGUCAUCACCCUGCAGUGUCCCCCUCAGUGUCCUGCUGUCAUCUCCAGCCUCCUGAUAGUCAGUGAGGCUCGCACCGUGGAGGUCUACUCCCAGUCAGGGGACUACUGUGGCACCUGCAGAGGGGAGAGAGAGGCCAGCACAGAGCAGCACAGUGCAGAACGGGGGCCCUUCUACAGGAAACACAUGGAACUGGACUGUCCAUCCAGAGCAUGUGACGUCAAGCUACUGUCCCUAGGUGGACGGACCAGUGUGGUUGUGAUGAGGGUGGUGAUGGGACUGCGACCUCUGGAGCCCACAGAUGCUUCUGUCCCCUGCCCGGGGCCUGGACCAGACCUGGGCCUGGGUCUGGGUCUGGGUCAGAGCAUCGACAUGGAGCGUGUCCAGUCCAUGGUCCAGGAGAUGGGUACCAGCCUCUCACCUGGGGCUCAGAGCCUCAUGGACAUGGUACAGAUCCAGCAGAAGAACCAAACAGAUGUGCUCGGGGGCUUCCUGCCUCUCCUUAUGGGCAGUGGGGCUCUCUCUGCCCUGGCUAGAGGAACCAGAUUCCCUGGAGCACCAGGCACCAUGGCCCAGCCUCCAGGCACCACAGGACCAACAGACCCAGUCCCACCGACCCAGAACGAAGCCCUUUCAGGAGGAGACUCCCCUGGUCUUGCUCUCCAAGACGGAGGCGCUGGCACCACCCCCUCCCCCUCCUCCUCCACCAGCCUAGCCAACCAGGCCAGGCUGGCAGACAUGAUGUCACCCUUCCUGAGUGGCUCGCCAGGACAGGGACGGGGGCGCAGCCUCUGCCCCCUCAGCCCCGACCUCCUCCCCAUGCUGCAGAGUGUGUGUGGCCAGGUCACGCAGCUACGCCUUGAGGACGCCGCCGCCAAGGAGGAGGAGAGGAAAGCUAACGGGCCGCGUGUGGAGCAGGGCUGCUGCAGAGGGCUUGACGAGGUGUUGGAGCUUCGCCUGGAGCAGAUGGAGAGGAGGCUGAAGGAGCACAUGGACCAGCGCCUGGACGCCCUGGAGGUCAGACUGCAGAAGGCCCUACUGCAGGCCCUGCCCCUGGUCACCCUGAGCCAGCCUGCCAAGACCAGCUCUGUAGCCCCCCCUGACCACAUCCACCCACCCCAGACCCUGAAUGGAACAUAACAGAUCCUCAUGUCAAAGCCUGGAUCCUGCACUGACAUGAGCCCCCAGCCUUGUCCCCAGCCCUAUCCCCAGCCCCAGCCUUGUCCCUACCCCCUUCCCUGUCUCCAGCCCCCUGCUCCUGCCUUAUCCGCUGCACUGAAUCCAUACUCAUCGGCUCCAACCCAGAUACUGACCCAGUCCUUGAUUCCUUGCACUAUUCCAACUGAUCUGGUCAUGACUUUAGUUUGACCACUUACUGUACAUGUUUGUAACAUAAUAUUAUUGUCUGCCUGCCUGUCUGUUUGUGUGAUUGAGUUAAACCUCUUACUUACUCUGUAGCAUCACAGACGGUUUCUGAGAACUGUAUGAACAAUGUUGUACUGAUUAUGAACUGUAUGAACCAGAGUGAACAUUAAAUAUAUUUA